AAAACGAAGUAAUCUUCAGUGAUAAGGUUCGCUGGUUCUGCAGGACUUGUAACGCAAACCAACUUGAGUAGCAAUCAGUCACUUGUACCAUCAUGACCUGUUGAAGGUCAGUGCUUGAAGAUGAAGUUGGUGCAACGAAAGUGCUAGUAUGCCUUGGGCGUUUGGCAGGAGGAGCUUUUAAAGAAAAGGCAUGGAGAGGACUUCAGCUGAACUAGAGGGCUACUCAUUAUCAAGGAAGAAUCGUUCAAAGUUUGAGCCUUUCGAGCCUUCAAGCAGUACAGAGGUAGGAAAGGCGAUAGAGCCAAGCAAUAUGGAGGGACCUAGCAGCGAAGUUCCAUCCUCUGGUUUGGGGGCUUUGGUUAUUAAGGACGCAGUUAGGAGUUUAUCGACUCCUCAAAGAAGUGACCCAUGCACUGAGUUACAGCGGAAAAAAAGGGCAUUUCGGGUCGCUGAUAUCAAAGUAUUCAAUGAGCGACUAAAGAUUCUUGAAGAAGAAAAUAAUAGUGUCAAAAGGACAUUCUUUGAGGCAGUGAAGGAUCGAAAACGGUUGGCAGAAGAGAUAUAUGAGCAAUUCUGGAUCAUAGAUCGCUCUCUACAUUCUAGAGACCAGUUUCAAGGAACCUACGCUUCUUCAGUUGUCAGCAAUACCAAGGACUUGGAGACCAGAAGAACUGGGACAGGCCUCUCACUAGUUCUCUGUCAGUAUUCAAAUCCGCUUGUGUUGAGCAAAGAAUGUAGAACUAGAGUACCAAUCCACCGAAGCAACACAUGAUUCUUGGAUGAAGAGGAAACCCUCAUCAAUUGCUUGUCGUAGCUCCACCCAAGCAUUUAGAUGCAUAAGCCAACAGAGGAGGUGUCAUCCCCAUUAUCCUUGAAGUGGCUUCAAGCUCUAGAGCUUUGGAAAGAUUUGAACAAUCAGAGAUAUAUAAUUUGUGAUAUUUUUAUACUCGUUGUUUGUCGUACAGUAACACAAGUGCGUUCUAUACAACAAUGUCCCGAUACAUAACAGGAAAAAAAAAAACCCUACAGAAAGUAAAAUUUCCCA